AUGGACAACCAGCUCAAACAGAGUUACGACCACGAUGACGACUGCCCAGAUGAAUUCGAAAAGAAGAAAUCGCGACUUCAAGGCUCGAAGGCCGACAAGAACGAUAACGAUCUCAGUUUAGCCUGUCGAUUCUACAAGGCAGACAAGCGCACCCACAACCGGUGCUUUUUACUACAGCUGAAUAAGAUCAGAGAUGUCAAGCAGCAUCUGUACCGGAAACAUAUACAGCCUCACUACUGCUCGAGGUGCGGUCGAGAGUUCGAUACGCAAGUUGAGGAAAGGUGUCACACAAGGCAACAGGACUGCAGCAAGCGGGCCAACCAACCGCCGGACGGCAUCACCCAUGACCAGCAAAAGGAGCUCAAGGAGAGGGUGGACCGCAAGCUCGCCGUGGAUCAGCAUUGGUUCGCUGUCUGGGACAUCGUCUUUCCAGGCAAGCGUCGACCGUAUCCCCCUUUUGUCUACAGUCCGACCCGCGAUGUACCGACGACCAUGCGAAGUUACUGGCAGGAGACUACAGAGGAGACUCUGGCCGAUCGUUUCAGCCGCGUGCCCGGAGUUGACAGUGAGAGGAUCAUUGGCGGUUUGAAUACGCUCAUGGAUAAUUUCUUUAAUCGAUUCAUUGAGGAACACACCCCCGUUGCCGAGGGAGAGCAAGCUUUGGAUUCAUCCUCGGAUGAUAGCCCAGAGACAGUAUCUUCUUCCACUAGAACGCCGGCUGUACCUUCAACGAAUAGAGACCAGAGAACCCUACCUGAGUCCGUUCAGGAUUUUGUAUCUCUAAUGAGUGGUACUGCCAACCAAAGUUUCAUGCCAGGCGGUGAUUCACUGUUCACCAACUACCAAACUUUGGGAGUUGCAGACCAGCAGUGGGGGAUCACGCCAAGUGAUGAUGCUCAUGAGUGGGAUCAGUUUUCCGCAACUUUCAUGGAGACCCUCUUACUUGAGGCACGGCUUUAG